AUGGCUUCUGGGAUUCGCUUUCUUCAUUCAUCACAGCCUCCAGUUAUUCACGGCGACUUGAAGUCUCAGAAUAUUUUGAUCGAUUCGAAGUUCCGCGCCAAGCUUUCUGAUUUUGGAUUCUCGAAUCGUAAACCUGACAAGGCAACUGGAACACCCUUGUGGAUGGCUCCAGAACUUCUGUCUGGGCAGUCCCUCAAUACUCCAAAAUCUGAUAUGUACGCUGUGGGUAUUAUAAUGUACGAAAUAGUCGCUCGGAAAGAGCCUUACUAUGAUGCCACCGAGUCAAAUCAAGAUUUACUGAAGGGAAUAGUGGACCGGAAGAAAAAUAAACGACCUCGAAUACCAUCAUAUUGUCCGAUUAAGGUGAAGAAACUCAUCAAAUUCCUAUGGCAUGGUGACCCAAGCCUCCGUCCAACAGCAAGUGAGCUUGACAAUCGGCUGCAAGAAAUGGAUUUCAAAGCGUUUGAAGCUUGUGCUCAUGCUUCGGGUUCUCACAGUAUGCAGGAGCAUACAAAGUCUCAAGGUGAUAACGAUGAACACUUUUUGUAUCAGGCAUUCCCAAGACACGUCGCCGAAGUAUUGAAGUCGGGAGCGAAAGUUGAGCCCGAAUCCCAUGACAUUGUUACCAUAUUCUUCUCCGAUAUUGUCGGGUUCACCACAAUUGCUGGCCAGUUCGAACCAUUGAAAGUUUCGCAGCUACUCGAUCGUUUGUAUCUGAAGUUUGAUGACUUGUCAAGAAAGCACGAGCUUUUCAAGAUUGAGACCAUCGGUGAUGCGUACAUGUGUGCUGGCAAUCUAGCCACAGAUCAGUAUCUUGAUCAUGUCAAACGUGUCGCGUUGUUUGCCAUGGAUGCCAUCAAAGCUGCAUCAACAACGCUGGUUGACGAAGAUGAUCCUUCUCAUGGCUUUAUAAACAUCCGAGUGGGAUUCCACUCUGGUCCCGUCGUGAGCAAUGUAGUCGGUAAUCUGAAUCCUCGCUAUGGAGUCUUUGGAGACACCGUGAAUGUGGCUUCACGAAUGGAGAGCAACUCUGAGAAAGGUCGCAUCCAUUGCUCGAAAGCUAGUGCAAAACUUCUAAUGACUCAAGCACCCGAGAUCAAAGUACGGCUGAGAGGAGAAACAGAGAUCAAGGGAAAAGGAAAGAUGACGACGUACUGGGUCGGUUAA